UUUCUAUUAUUUGUCGGCCUGCUGUUGCUAAGAGAGGCCUACAAACACGCCUUAGAAGAAAUAAACUUCUUGUUUUUUUUUUCUGUUUUGGAUUACGAAACAAGUUUUGAAUUUCCGACCGCAGACAAGAUCGAAAUGCGACUAUGAAUCCCGCCGACUCUGUGGCAGGGAAGAUCCCGUUGGGUUUUCUCCUUGUUCCUCCGAAGGAAACUGGAGCUGGACAAUCCCCUCAAGUGGUUGAGGUACCAAUGCCACAACCAUUCCUUAGAUAUGGCCCCGUACCGCCGCAGAUACCGAUCAUUACCCAACCCGGAAUGGGUUCCGGGGCCUCGAUGGGCGGAAUCGAGGGAGACUGGAAGAGCAUACCUACCGGAAUACCGAACUGUCCGCGGGGAUUGGAGUACCUAACGGCCGUCGACCAGCUGCUGGUGAAGCAGAAAGUCGAGUUGAUAGAAGCCUUCACCGGACUGGAGGGCAACAACAGAUACUCCGUGAAGAAUGCACUCGGCCAGAAAGUGUUUCUCGCGGUGGAAAACACCAGCUGCUGCACCCGCAACUGUUGCGGAUCCGAUCGACCCUUCAGCAUGAAAGUCUACGAGGCCCAUAGCAAGGAAGAGGUGCUCCAAUUGCGAAGACCCACAGCCUGCUCCUGCUGCCUCUGCUGUUGCUGCCUGGACAGGAUCGAGAUCUCUGAUCCACAGGGCAAUGUGAUUGGCAGCAUUAAGGAGGAGUGCACAAUAUGUAAGCCAUCGUUCCGCAUCCUCGACCAAAACGGAGACCUUGUUCUGCGUAUCGAAGGACCCUUCUGGACUUGCUCAGUUUGCGGAAAUAUCGAGUUUCAAGUUGUGUCUCUAAAUGGCGAAAAUAUUGGAAAAAUCAGCAAGCAGUGGUCGGGAUUGGCGCGUGAAGUCUAUACGAAAGCGGAUAAUUUUGGGAUCAGUUUUCCCCUGGACUUGGAUGUGCGCCUUAAGGCGAUUUUACUAGGCGCCACAUUUCUCAUUGAUUUCAUGUUUUAUGAAAAUUCAACAGACGGUUGGCUAUCCUGUGCCCAAUGCUGUCUUAGAAGUCUAUGUAAAUGCGUUUGCGACGCCAUUUAAUAGUCAAUGCAGGGAUAUUCAUAGUUAGUAUAGUAUUUUUGUGUGAUGUUUUUCUAUUUAGAGACUGAACUGAAGUUAGAAACUCCUAAGGCUGUAUUUUGAAUGUUUUUUGUGAAUGAAACGCGAUUACGGAUGCAUUCCGUUUCAUGUAAAUGUAAGUUUUUAUUGUAUUCUUGUUAA